AUGAAGGGCGGUUCUGACCACACAAUGGCUCCGUCCGAGCAGUCAGCCAUUGCCUCAGUGGUCUCAUGUGAACCCUCACCAGAUGGCAAACUUCAAGCUGAGCAUGCAGACUACCCGCAAACCCACCUCCGAAAGCGCUUCACACUUGUAUCAACAAUCGCAUUCGGUUUCACCACCAUGAACUCCUGGGUCGCUUUUGCCUCAGGUCUUGCCGUUCCUCUCUCCUGCGGCGCUGGGCCAACUCUCAUCUACGGUCUUCUCGUCGGUGGCAUUAUCAUGGCCAUCCUCGCAGCAGGCUACGCAGAGCUAGCCUCGGCGUUUCCAUCCGCAGGUGGCCAGUAUCAUAUAGUAUACAUGACGUUCCCAGCUCCAACCCGUCGAUUCGCUGCGUUCUUUACAGGAUGGAUGUCGAUUCUAUACACUAUGGGAGCUACAGCGUCGUGCAGUUUCUUCGUGGCACAGUCGAUCUUGAACUUGGUCACGUUAUGGAAUGAGAGCUAUGUUGCCCAUAGCUGGCAUGUAUAUCUUGUCCACAUCUGCCUAUGUACCAUCGCAUUCUUGGCUGCUUCUCGAUUUCCAGCUUCCAUCGGAAGUAUCGGCGUUUCAGUAUUCUGGCUCUCAAUCAUCGGCUUCAUUGCAUCGCUAGCAACACUACUAGCUGUGCAAGAAGUCAAGCAGCCCAGUAAAUUCGUCUUUACAGAAUUCACAAACGUUUCUGGGUGGACCGAUGGAUGGGCUGCUAUGAUCGGUCUCGCGAGUUGCCUCUGGGCUUAUUGCGGUAUCGAUGCUCCAAGUCAUCUAUCAGAAGAGGUCGACAACCCGAGCCGAAAUAUCCCCAUCGCCAUCGGCGCCACCAUCAUACUUGGUAUCAUCUCCGUGAUUGCUUGGAACAUUGGUCUGAUGUAUGUCAUCAAAGACGUUCAGAAACUCAUUGCCUCUGGCGCUCCAAUCCUAGAAGUGUAUAAUCAGGCGCUAGGCUCCAAGACAGCAACAACAAUCUGGGCAGUCUAUUAUAUCCUUGUCUUCUAUCAUAUCAUUCUGAAUCUUUUUGUCUUUUCAUCUCGGAUCUUGUGGUCAUUCGCUCGAGACGGCGGUGUGCCUUAUUCUUCCUACGUCUCUCGCCUCAGAUGGUCCAACCCAGUCCGCGCCACAGCCAUCAUGCUCGUCCUCCAGAUCAUCAUCGGUAUCCUGUAUAUCGCAUCAAAAACAGCCUAUAGCAGCUUCAUCAACCUGACUCUUUUCGCACUCAACAUCACAGUUGUACUGCCACAAACUGUUUUGUUAUUCACCGGCCGCGAUUCACUGCCAAAGCGGGCUUUCUCGUUGGGCAGGUAUGGACACGUUGUCAAUGCGAUGGCAACGGUGUUUAUGCUUUUAUUUAGUGUUGUCUUUGCAUUCCCUGUCGCUCGUCCUGUUACUGGAAGUUCCAUGAAUUAUCUUGUUGUUAUAUUCGCAGUCAGUCUGAUCUUCAUCAUCUCAUCUUGGCUAUUGGGUCUUUCCAAACGGUUCACAGGGCCAUCAGAGGGAACUGUACAUAUUUGA